UCUAAGAAGAAAAGGAAAGUGGCGGAAAUUUAUCAGGCUCUGAACAGCGACCCUAUCGACGUGGCCACGCUCAGGCGGAUGGCGAUCAGCGAGGGGGGGCUCUUGACGGAUGAGAUUCGUUGCAAAGUGUGGCCGAAGCUGCUAAGUGUUAACACAGACGACCUGCCCCCUCUUCCAGCAGGAAAGGAGCUACGAGAGGACAAUAAAGAUUACCAGCAAGUGCUACUGGACGUGCGGCGAUCCCUGCGCCGUUUCCCACCAGGGAUGCCAGAUGACCAGAGGGAAGGGUUGCAGGAGGAGCUCAUCGAUAUUAUCCUCCACGUCCUCAAGCGCAACCCCCAGCUGCACUACUACCAGGGCUACCAUGACAUCGUGGUCACCUUCCUCCUGGUGGUGGGGGACAGACUGGCCACGGCUCUGGUGGAAAAGCUCUCGACGCAUCAUCUCAGGGAUUUUAUGGACCCAACGAUGGACAAUACCAAGCACAUUUUAAAUUACCUGAUGCCCAUCAUAGACCAGGUGAACCCUGAGGUGCAUGACUUCAUGCAGAGUGCGGAGGUGGGAACCAUCUUUGCUCUCAGCUGGCUGAUCACCUGGUUCGGGCACGUUUUGUCCGACUUCAGGCACGUUGUGCGAUUAUACGACUUCUUCCUGGCUUGCCAUCCGCUGAUGCCCAUUUAUUUUGCUGCUGUGAUCGUGCUGUACCGGGAGCAGGAAGUUCUGGACUGCGAGUGUGACAUGGCCUCUGUCCACCACCUCCUGUCCCAGAUUCCACAGGACCUUCCUUACGAGACUCUGAUCAGCAGAGCUGGGGACCUUUUUGUCCAGUUCCCACCAUCCGAACUUGCCAGGGAGGCAGCUCAGCAGCAGGCUGAACGAACUGCGGCUUCUACUUUUAAGGACUUUGAGUUGGCGUCAGUGCAGCAGAGACCAGACACUGUGUUGAGGCAGCGCUUCAGGGAGCGGCUCCGAGGGGAGGAGCGGACAAAAUCCAUCUUGACAAAGCCAAGGACCAACCGCUUUGUCAAGCUGGCGGUGAUGGGGCUGACGGUCGCGCUGGGAGCAGCUGCCCUGGCUGUGGUGAAGAGUGCGCUGGAGUGGGCACCCAAGUUUGAACUGCAGAUUUUCCCCUAAAGCCAGAGGAAGGGCCUUCCCUGUCACCACGUCCUUCCCUGGCGGGAAGGGGUGAUGUUUUGAUGAAACGACGUGUCUGGAAACGACCUGUCUGAAGAUUAUUUUUUAUUCUUGCUGCGUCCAGUGACGCUUUUGGCCUUUGCGACAGAGACUGAUGGGAACCAGCCCAGCAGGAUUGUUCCCCACACCGACGCUCACCUUGUUCUCUCCUCCCCGUGCAGGGGUGAGCAGAUGGGCGCUACUGCCGUCUCAUGAGGAACCGGAGGUAUGGACGAGUCAGGCUCUUCAGGCUGCGCACAGGUGACUGUACGAGUGGAGAGCCGUGCGUGGGCUGUGCCGAAACGAUCCCACGUUCUCUGUUGGAGAUAAUUAGUGGGAGUGAGGGUGGAUCCUCACCUGGAGGAGAGUGUCAUGGCAGGGUUUGGCCUGGGUGCGUGCGUGUGUGGGGGCGAGGGGCUGUUACACUCCUGAGGAACAGGGCAGCUCUCUGGCUCUGCAUCGCUCCCGUCUGCAGGCUGCCAGCAUGCCCCUGCGCCUGCGUUCAGCCUUGCUGGUGGUCCGACCCUUCCCUUUCCUAUAGGCAACCUCUGAGUAGAGCCAAACCUUUCACGAACCCCUGUCAGCGCCCUGCCACGAGGUUCUCUCUGGUGUGUAACACUCCCUGGCUCUUUUUGCUUCCUCAUCUUUGCAGCCUGAUGUGUUUACAGGAGAGAAGGGCAGGGAACAGGAGCAGAUCCACAAGACUGCCAGAGGGAGCUUAGCUCUCGGUCGCGGGGGCUCCUUCUCUGGCAGUAGCACGGUCAUAUCUUGGGUCAGCAAGGUGAGAGACGAGUGUUGCUCGCCCUGCCUGAGGUUUUUGCUGUCAUGUGCCAGAUCGCAUCACCACAAGUCUUAGCGGCACCAUAAACACCCGUUGCAGACGUUUUUACAGCUCUGGAAGCAGGCUCUAACGUGGAGAAAGGCUUUUUCCACCUUGUGAAACACUUUGCAUGGGACAGAAGUCAUUGUGGUAGGAAAUCUGUCAUAAAUCUCCCCCACGAGCUGAUCAGACUUCAGCGUUGCCCCUCGGAAUAACGCAAGUGAGGGAGUUUCCCAGAAAGGCCACCCCUGAUCCCUGCAUAGCUCCGGUCUCCCCACCCAGUCCCGUUAACAGUCCUAGCGCUCCCUGCCCUCCAAGCUAAGCAGCAAAUCCUUCUGACAACUCCGUGUCCCACUGAGACAAAGCCAAUAGAUACUAUAUGCCUCUACCUCUCCCCUGAGCUGCUAAACCUCCCGCAAGUGCCCUUACCCGUCCCUUACGGCUCCCACCCAGCUCCCCCGCCGUUGCUGUGUUGUGCCCAAAGCCGUCUGUGCCGUGCCCAGGGGCUGCACACCUGAAAAUUAGGUGUUGGUUGAAGAGUUAGGGAUUUCGGGAUAGAGAACAAAACUUGUGCCCUGCAAGACUCAGCACCCUCCUGUCCCAACCCCCUGCCUGUCGGUUCGUAACCGCCUCUGGGUAAGUCCUGGGUUGCCCUGUGGGCCCUCGCUCUCGGAGGGGCCGUGCCUUUCUGACCGUCGGGCUGGCCGGAGGGCGUGCAGGCAGUCGUCAGGCCUGACCUGUGUUUCCGUAAAACUCUGAGCAGAGGGGUUUCCUUUGCCUCUGCGGGCUGAAAGCUGGAGUGUGUGAAUCUGCUCUCGCGCAGGCAGGGCGGUGAGACCUGUUCCCUCUGCUGCUCGCUUGUGCCAGGGCUGUCCGCACCCCUGCUGCGAGCCGGCGGCUGCUCACGGGUCUCCUCUCCCACCGUGGUUGAAGGCGGUGGAGCCUGUUUCUGGCCCUCGGCACCUCCCCAGGGCAGCAGCGGCGUGGGGCGAAGGGCUGGGCGAUUCAGCACUUUAGAAACUCGCGGUGCAGGAGAGUCUGUGGUGACCUGGGGGUGCUGCCGGCGGUCCCAGGACCCCUCUGUACACUCCCCCCGCUGCCCCGAAGGAGGGGAUGGCUGGAGCCCCCGUGGGGGGAAGCCCCUGCAGCCCCCCCGCUCCCUGGCCAUGAAGCACUUUAGUUCUGCGUUGUCCCCAGGGGAGGAAGGGCCUGGGAGGAGACGGUCGCUUCGGGUGCUUCGGUUACUCUGUACAAAGACUUAUACCUACCCCUGUAAAUGCAGAUUUGUACAAACCCUAUAACUGUAAAAUAAACAGUUACUAAACAC